AUGGAUGCUGCGGGAAGGUGCUGCCAUUUGCAGCCGCUUGGACCGGUGGCUCGACGAAGGGGCUCCAUUCUGGCUGCGACGGCAGCAGUCGCCCGCCGCCCGGCCUCUGUCCCCGGCUCCAGCCGAUCUGCUGGCACCGCUAUGAACCCUGCUUCAGCAGCCGGGGAGGAGAAGGGGGCUGCAGGAGGCAGCGGUCCCGGCGGCAGCACGUGCCGUGGGGCGGAAGGCGGUGGGGACCCUCGCAGUGCUCCCGCCGCGGGGGCCGACCCAGAGUUGCCUGGACUAACCGGUCAGAAGGAGGACUCUCUGGAAGAGAAGCUGAAGAGUUUAACCUUCAGGAAACAGGUGUCUUACAGGAAAGCAAUCUCCAGGUCUGGCCUUCAACAUUUGACUCCUGUUCAAAACCUCAACUUGGCCAUCAGUAAUGGACCUGUGAAGGAGCCGAGAAUGGCACUAGAAUGGAGUGAAAAUGCAAUAAAUGGCGAACAUCUCUGGCUGGAGACCAAUGUAUCUGGGGAUCUGUGUUACCUGGGAGAGGAAGGCUGCCAAGUUAAAUUCUCAAAGUCAGCUGUUCGAAGAAAAUGUGCUGCCUGCAAGAUUGUGGUCCACAAUGCCUGCAUGGAGCAACUGGAAAAAAUUAACUUCCGGUGCAAGCCAACUUUUCGAGAAGGCAGUUCCAGAUCACCAAGAGAGAAUUUCGUUCGACAUCACUGGGUUCACAGAAGACGACAGGAAGGGAAAUGUAAACAGUGUGGAAAGGGAUUUCAACAAAAAUUCUCCUUUCAUAGUAAAGAGAUUGUGGCUAUCAGCUGUUCAUGGUGCAAGCAAGCGUUUCACAAUAAAGUCACCUGCUUCCUGCUGCAGCACAUUGAGGAGCCCUGUUCCUUAGGAGCUCAUGCUGCUGUUAUUAUCCCCCCCACCUGGAUCAUUAAGGUGAAGAAACCUCAGAAUUCACUGAAAAAUUCGACCAGGCGGAAGAAAAGAACCUCUUUUAAAAGGAAAGUCAGUAAAAGAGGAAAUGAGGAGAACAAAGGACGACCUUUUGUAAUUAAGCCUAUCUCUUCCCCUCUCAUGAAACCCUUGCUUGUAUUUGUGAAUCCCAAAAGUGGAGGGAAUCAGGGUACUAAAGUGCUCCAAAUGUUUAUGUGGUACUUGAAUCCACGUCAGGUCUUUGACCUAUCUCAGGAAGGACCAAGAGAUGCGCUUGAAUUGUACAGAAAAAUGCCAAAUCUACGAAUCUUGGCUUGUGGUGGCGAUGGAACAGUUGGCUGGAUCCUCUCCAUUCUGGAUGAGUUACAGUUGAAUCCCCAGCCUCCUGUGGCUGUGCUUCCACUCGGCACUGGGAAUGAUCUUGCUCGGACUCUCAACUGGGGAGGGGGAUAUACUGAUGAACCUGUUGCAAAAAUUCUCUGUCAUGUAGAAGAUGGAGCCAUCGUUCAAUUAGAUCGUUGGAAUCUUCAGGUUGAGAGAAACCCUGAUUUACCCCCAAAAGAACUUGAAGAUGGAACACAGAAGCUCCCCCUCAAUGUUUUCAAUAAUUACUUCAGCCUCGGAUUUGAUGCCCAUGUCACGCUGGAAUUCCAUGAAUCUCGAGAGGCAAAUCCUGAAAAAUUCAACAGCCGGUUUCGAAAUAAAAUGUUUUAUGCCGGGGCAGCUUUUUCAGAUUUCCUUCAGAGAAGUUCUAGAGAUUUAUCCAAACAUGUGAAAGUUGUGUGUGAUGGGACUGACUUGACUUCCAAGAUUCAGGAGCUGAAAUUUCAAUGUAUAGUAUUUUUAAACAUACCCAGGUAUUGUGCUGGCACAAUGCCCUGGGGUAAUCCAGGAGACCAUAGAGAAUUUGAACCUCAGAGACAUGAUGAUGGUUUCAUUGAGGUCAUUGGAUUCACCAUGGCAUCCUUGGCUGCUCUUCAAGUUGGAGGUCAUGGAGAGAGGUUACAUCAGUGUCGGGAAGUGACUCUACUAACAUAUAAGUCUAUCCCCAUGCAAGUGGAUGGUGAACCAUGUCGGCUGGCUCCAUCGCUCAUCCGAAUCUCCCUUAGGAAUCAGGCCAAUAUGGUGCAGAAAAGCAAGAGAAGAACAUCCAUGCCUUUGCUCAAUGACCCCCACGCCAUCCCAGAUCGUCUGAGAAUCAGAGUGAAUAGGAUUAGCUUGCAAGAUUACGAGGGACUGCAUUAUGACAAGGAAAAACUCCGGGAAGUUUCUAUUCCAUUGGGAAUUAUAGUCGUCCGAGGAGAUUGUGACUUGGAGACUUGUCGCAUCUAUGUGGAUCGCUUAGAGGAGGAUUUGCAGUCUGUAUCUUCAACAACACAGAGAGUCCACUACCAGGACCAGGAAAGUUCAUUCCCAAGAGUAUUGUCUGUUCAGAAACUAUCCCCUAGAUGGUGCUUCCUAGAUGCAACCUCUGCUGACCGCUUUUACCGCAUCGACAGAUCUCAGGAACAUUUGCACUUUGUGACAGAAAUAUCACAGGAUGAGAUUUUUAUCCUGGAUCCAGAAUUGGGAGCAGCUCAACCAGCCGGAACACCUCCAGGAAUGCCUGAUCUGGUGGUAGAGCAGGCUUCUGGAAUGUCCGAUCGGUGGAAUCCUGCUAUUCGAAAGCGCAUGUUGAGUGAUAGCGGUUUGGGGAAGAUGUCUCCCCACUAUGAAGUACCUGAGAAACAGAAGGAGGCCAGCCAGGUUCACCUGCUGCAGUCUCCUGUUUCUUCAGAAGAUCAAGCACUUUUACAGUCAGUAAUAGCUGGCGAUUUUCUAAGAUUUGUAGAAUGGUGUAAAAAAGGAGCUAAUCUAUUAAUCCGGGGUCCUGACCACUGUUCCUUGCUUCAUCAUGCAGCAAAGACUGGGCAUGGUGAGAUUGUAAAAUACAUUCUAGAACAUGGUUCUUCUGAGUUACUGGAUAUGACAGAUAGUGAAACGGGUGAGACAGCAUUGCACAAGGCAGCCUGCCAACGUCACCGUGGCAUCUGCCAGAUGCUGGUAGAGGCAGGGGCAUCGUUGGGGAAAAUGGACUCCAAGGGUAAGACACCUCGAGAUAGGGCCCAGCAGGCUGGGGAUCCAGAUUUAGCCUCCUACUUGGAGAGUCAUCAGAAUUACCCAGUAGUGCCCCACGAGGAUCUAGAGACUGCCGUGUGA